AUGAUACGCAAAUCAACACGUGGAAAGAAGGCACUAAUGUUGGCCAUGCCAAAAACUGUUUUGUCUUUGUCGUCAAUUGUGGACUUUGGGCCCGACAACAAAGGGAAAAGUCCACUGGCAGAAAGUUGUUCGGCGGUCUACAGCAGUAACCUGACCAUUUCUGGAAACACACCCGCCCCUGAACCACUAGAUGGAAAGGGAAUCCAAACAUUCAUCAAAGACUAUGUUCAAAGGGCAAAGAAUGCCAUCCACGCCAGAUUCGAAGGAGUGGAGAUCCACGAAGCCAAUGGCUACACGCUUUAA